UUUGGCAUUGCCGGCUUUGAACUAUAUAUAACGUUCCAUACAAUAAACAGAUUUUUACAACUUGACUAACUUCUUCUCCACUUUGCUCAUUUCUAAGUUUGUGAGAGAAAAUAAGAAAAAAAAAGUGAGCACAAAACGGAUACAUAUAUGACUUUUCACAAUACGACGAAAGUGGCGUGUCGUUUUGACACGUCACAUUCAAACAGAAGACAGUAUCAAUCCGAAAGACAAGAGUUCCUUUUUUUUUUUUUUAACCACUCUCUGUCGGACUAAAACUAAACCCCGCCCUUCUCACUUCAUCAUCUCGCCUUGUUCCGACGAAUCUGUCUUCUUCCGUAACUUCUUCUCUAUGGCAGAAUCCUCUUUAUUGGGCUCCCCUCAGAGCUUAAACCCUGACUCGGAUCUGUCGUUCACUGCGAAUGUCCGUGCAGAAAUCGACACUUCGUCACGGUUCGUGUCAGUCAGAGAAGCGGCUAAUCGGUUCGGCGGUUUCGGUUUCUGGAAACCUCACAAUUCUGAGGAGAAUGUCACAGAAGAUGAUAUCAUUGAACUCAAGAGACAGACUGCUGAGCUACAGAACGUUCUACUCUUGAAAGAUUGUGAGACGUGUGAGGUGCUGAAGGAGCUUGAAGCGACUAAAGCCACAGUUAUAAAGCUCUACACCAAGCUUGAGCAUAAGAAGAGUAAGGAGGAGGAUUUAAGAGAAGAAGAAGUUCACUCUCAUAUCAAGCCUGCUGGUGUGGUGCUUAAGGAUUUAAACAAGGCAAAGAUGAACUUGUGCAAGAGAACGGUAGAUCUCUCCGGUUUACGCAAGUCUGUUGAGAUUUUGAAUAAGCAACUGAAGGAAGAAAAGGCUUUGCUUGAGAAGACACGCGAGAGACUUUUGCAGAAGUCUCUGAAAGUGAUUUCCCUAGAGGAAGAAAAGAAAGGUGAAACCAGCGAGAAAGAUCUUGAGAAUAACGCGUUGAGGAUGAUUAAUGAGGUGAAAAGACUCAGCUCUGAAGCUCAGGAGUUCAAGAAGAGAGGUGAGAAGGCAAUGGUGGAGAUUGAACACACGAGAGAGAAGAUCAAAACGGUUAAGAUGAAGUUGGUGGCUGCUAGAAAGAUUAAGGAAGCGGCUAGAGCUGCUGAGGCGGUUGCAAUGGCUGAGAUUAAGGCUGUUACUGAAGAUGCUGUGACUGUGACUAUCUCUUCUGAAGAGUACGCUAAGCUGACUCUUGACGCUAGAGAGGCAGAGGAAGAGGCGAGGAAGAGAGUGGAAGAUGCAAUGUCUAGAGUUGAAGAAGCGAAUGUUUCAAAGAUGGAUACUCUGAAGAAAGUAGACGAAGCGGCGCAAGAAGUUGAGACCAGUAAGAAGGCAUUGGAGGAAGCUGUGGAGAGAGCUGACGCAGCAAACACUACAAAACUUGAAGCGGAAGAGACGCUAAGAAACUGGAAGUCAGAGAAGGGGCAGAGGAGAAGAUCAUCAGUUAACAACACUGCCAAGUUCAAGAGCAGCAGAGAGACAAAACCAACAACAAAGACACGUUUUAAGGAUGUAAACGGUCUGCAUCUGACGUAUGAUUUUGUCCUUGGCCCAUCAUCUUCAGUUCCUGUCUUGAAGCCAACAAUGUCAAUAGGGCAAAUACUCAGUAACAAGCUACUAGUUGCUGAGGAUUCAGAUAUGAAUGUUGUGAGCGAGAGAAAGAAGAUGUCGUUGGGUCAGAUGCUGGCAAAGAAUAGCAACGAUGAUGGAACUAAGAGCAAGAAGAGUGAAGGUAAGGAGAAUGGGAAAAGAUCAGUAACGACUCUAAAGAGAAAGAACCUCGGGUUUGCUAAGAUCGCUUUGUUGUUAAACAAAGAGAGCAAGAACAAGAAGAAGACUAAGAAGAUAGAUUUGAACUUGAGGUGAUACAAUGAUGAUUCAGUGUUUUGAACUUCUUGGUUUGGUGUUCUGUAAAUUUAGGAAAAGUUCUGAAACUUCUCGUCUCAUCUUGUGUUUGGGCCUUUAAUGGGCUUUUAAGUAGCUUAUUUUUUUUGUUCUCUCAUUAUUUCCUUCUGUGACUCGUGACCGUAAAACUGUGUAAAUCAUUGGUUUGUUUCUUGUAUCAUUCACUGUUUCAAUUUACUAACGAC